UCCAUCCACUUUUGGCUCCUGAAGCAGGAAAUCUUUUUUUUUUUCCUCCCCUCUGCCUUUGAAUGGGAUUUUUCCGCGUUAUAUUGGAAUAAAUCACCCCCCCCCCGAUUUCUGGAUAUCUGUCGCGCGGCUGCGAUGUCCUCUCCAGAUGUUUGUCCUCCUCCCCCCGAGGUCUCGGCCGGCGCUCACAUCGAUUCUUACGAGAAGUACAAAGAGCUGUACGAGCGGUCGGUGCAGGAACCCAACGCGUUUUGGGGUGAAAUCGCGAAUGACUUCUACUGGAGAGUCCCUCCCCCGCAGCCGCUUCUGAGAUACAACUUUGACGUCACUAAGGGGAAGAUUUUCAUCGAGUGGAUGAAAGGCGGCGUCACCAAUAUCUGCUACAACGUCCUGGACAGAAACAUCCAUGAGAAGAAGCUGGGGGACAAGGUGGCCUUCUACUGGGAGGGCAAUGAACCUGCAGAAUCCACAUCCGUCACCUACGCCGAACUCCUGAAGAAGGUCUGCCGGUUUGCGAAUGUCCUGCGAAGCCAAGGAGUCACGAAGGGCGACCGCGUGUCCAUCUAUAUGCCCAUGGUGAUCGAGCUGGUAGUGGCUAUGCUGGCUUGCGCCAGGAUCGGAGCUAUCCAUUCCAUAGUGUUUGCAGGCUUCUCUGCCGAGUCUCUGUGUGAACGGAUCCUGGACUCCAACUGCUCGCUCCUCAUCACGGCAGAUGGCUUCUUCCGUGGAGACAAGCUGAUUAACUUGAAGCAGAUAGCCGACGAAGCUCUCAAGAAAUGCGAUGAGAAGAAUUAUCACGUGGAGAGAUGCAUUGUGCUGAAGCACUUGGGAAGAGACGAAGUAACGUGCGACGGAAUGAAUAAAACGUCGCCCCCCUGCAAGAGGCUCUGUGCGGAUGGGCAGGGAAAAAAGCAAGAAAAAGCAAAGAGAAAUCACACGCAGACGUCAUGGAACCCAUCCAGAGACCUUUGGUGGCACGACCUGGUGAAGGAUGCCAGCGCGGAGUGCGAGCCGGAGUGGUGCGACGCCGAGGAUGAACUUUUCAUUCUUUAUACCAGCGGUUCUACUGGGAAGCCCAAGGGAGUCGUUCACACGGUAGGAGGGUACAUGAUAUUCACAGCCACCACUUUUAAGUAUGUGUUUGAUUAUCAUGGGGAUGACGUGUACUGGUGCACGGCUGACAUCGGCUGGAUCACGGGACACUCGUACCUCACCUAUGGACCACUGGCCAAUGGAGCAACCAGUGUUUUAUUUGAAGGUCUUCCCAUCUACCCAGACAUUUCCAGGAUGUGGCAGAUCAUCGAUAAGUAUAACGUGAGCAAAUUCUACACGGCCCCCACCGCCAUCCGCCUGCUGAUGAAAUACGGGGAGGAACCGGUCAAAAGGCAUAGCAGAAAGUCCCUGAAGAUAUUAGGAACGGUCGGCGAGCCGAUUAAUCCUGAAGCCUGGCUCUGGUAUCACAACGUCGUGGGAGAGAAGAGAUGUCCGAUUGUGGAUACGUUUUGGCAAACGGAGACGGGAGGUCACGUCUUGACUCCUCUCCCAGGAGCCACGGUCACCAAGCCGGGGUCAGCUACGUUCCCGUUUUUCGGUGUUGUGCCUGCUAUUCUCAACGAGUCCGGUGAAGAGCUGGAGGGAGAAGCAGAAGGAUAUUUGGUUUUCAAACAGCCCUGGCCAGCAAUCAUGCGCACGGUGUAUGGGAAUCGCCAGCGGUUUGAAACCACCUACUUCAAGAAGUUCCCUGGAUAUUAUGUAACAGGAGACGGUUGUAGGAGGGACAAAGAUGGAUACUACUGGAUCACCGGCCGCAUCGAUGACAUGCUGAAUGUUUCCGGCCAUUUGUUGAGCACGGCUGAAGUGGAGUCGGCGCUCGUUGAGCACUCCUCGGUGGCAGAGGCGGCAGUAGUAAGCCAUCCUCAUCCCGUCAAAGGGGAAUGUCUGUAUUGUUUCGUGACGUUACGGGACGGACACGAGUUCACAAAGAAGCUGACUGACCAACUCAAGAUACUAGUAAGGGAGAAGAUUGGACCGAUUGCCACUCCAGAUUAUAUCCAAAACGCUCCUGGUCUUCCAAAAACACGAUCAGGUAAAAUCAUGAGACGGGUAUUAAGAAAAAUCGCCAAGAACGACCACGACUUGGGUGAUAUUUCUACCCUUGCAGAUACAUCGGUCAUUCAUCAACUAUUUGAGAACAGAUGCCAGAUCGUGGACUAGAGCCCAACGCAGCCAACGGUAAACAGAACGCCGCGUUAACGAGUAAACCCAACCGCGGAAACAUUAAGCCAUAUACUUCGUUAUAAGGGAUAUUGUGUGUUAUUUGUUCCGAUUAUGUCUGUCGUGUCUUGUGACUGCUAUGGUGUCCGGGAACUGCUCUGUUGUCUCAUCAAGUUAUGAAUUUGCUGUCUGGAAAAGCGACACCGGUAUAAAUCGGGUAUAUAAAAGAUGAUGAUGCUAAUAUUGGGGUAUUCAUUAAUGCUUCUAAAGGACAACUUGGCCAUGGAGACUUGCUGAAGUUUACACGAGCGAGUUGGAGAUUAGAUCUAAAUUUAUUAACAAAACCCUACCUUUAGCCCAUGUUAAGCAGAGCCUUCCGUCUAUCCUUUCUCUAGCAAAUGCCCUCGAUGUAACUGGAAGUAUAUCUUAGUAGAUAAACUUAUUUUAAUGUUUCUAGUAGCAUUGUAACUGUAACAAAUAUGUUGCCAGGAGGAGGUUAAUUUACUGUAUUUUGUGUAAAAAAACAAAAAAAAAACACUCCAAACUUUUCAAAAUGAAAAAUA